GUUCGGGAGCUAUGAUGCCACAUACAGACACUUCAAUCUAAUAACAUCCCUGUUUUUGUGUCGGGGGGUUAAAUUGAGAAUUUAAUAUGAUGAAACUAAAGUUUAUACACCUUCGACACAAAAAAGGGGUACUUAUUAUAAGUUUUACGUGUUUGUGGGGUUGGGUAGUGUGGGUACCCAUAAAUUUAUUUGUAAGCCUACCGAUUUGUUUUUCUUUUUAUUUGGAUUCUUGACUUGUUGAAUUAAUGGAUCAAUGGACGACUAGCUGAUACCCUGAAUUAAUGCAGCUGAAUGUCCUCGUUGGAUGUGCAAGAAAGAUUGUUCCUUAAAUCUGUCCAACAAGAUUACAAGAUCGAGAACGAAAGUUUUAAUAUGAUUGAAACCCUCCGGUACCAAGUAAAGGUUCAUAUGUCAUAAACAAACAUGGAAUCCUAAGCUAUAGUAUAAUAUAUUAUUAAUAUUGAGGUAGGAAGCAUAAUAAUCGAAAUAAGUUUACACUAUGUAACUCACGUUAAUAUUCGAAAGAUUUUUCAUUAUCGAAAAUUUAAAAAAUCGACUAAUAUUCAUAAAGCACUAUCUUCUCCGCUUAGUAUUCCAGCCUUCAUCCACUACGUUUCACUAUUUGACUAUUGCCUGAGUACGUCUCUAACAUAAUAGUAUUGUGAGGAUUGUGUGUCUUUUUGUGAUUUUUAUUCGUAAUUUUGGUUGUUGCAAUUAAUUAAAUAUGUAUUAGUUAUUUUGUGAAAGAAAAGUGAGCAUGUUAUUAAAGUUAAAUUUGUUUCUAAUUGUUUACUUAUAAUUGAACUGUAAUAACCUUGAUCAAUAAACGUCAGAAAUUCAGAAUGUAUUGCAGACUAAAGAUGGCUCUAUCUGAUGCAGCUGUUUGACAAUGGGUAAUAUGAAAUAAUUAAAAAAGGAUGUAUGCUCCAAGUGGGUGUGUCAGCUGUAGUGGUGGGUCACAACAGUAUGAUAGCAAACAUGACGUUGAGUGUUCUGAGGGUGAGGAUGCUCAAAUCAGACUGGCACCUCAUGUCCAGGCCUACCUGGCACGCAAUAAUCCCACUACCAACUGCUGUGGGCUCACUAUACCCAUUGCCUUUGAGAGGGCUGCAUCUGGAACCUGGUGGAACCCAAGAUUUGAUUCAGAGAUCCUUGAAGGCCAAUACAGAAGUAGUUCCUUUAGACAGAUAAGAUUAAGAUUUAGAUUUGCACUUUUAUACAUUUUGAUAUUUUCUAUAUCAUGGUUUGUCUACUUUGUGGUCCUUGGUUUGAAUGGUAUAACAGUUAAGUGGCCAUUUUUAUGUUCUAUAUUUGGUGGGGUCCUAUUGAUAACAUCUGUUAUGCUGUUUGUUACUUUUACAAAUAUUUAUAAAGUGUAUACAUUCAAGUUAUCCCUGGUCAUGGCACUCGCUCUGUGUACACUCAGCCUGUCACUGGUGACACUCACUACUAGAUUAGACACAGCAUUGUCACAGGCAGCUGACAUCAGCCAGUCGGGUCACUUCACCAUGUGCAUUGAAAUUUUACUGAUUAUUUAUACACUGACUCCAUUACCACUUUAUGCCUGUGUUAUCAUUGGAAUUUUGUAUUCAAUUGUUUUUGAAGUACUGAAUAUUGUGUUACACCUGUCAGAGCAAGAAUGGCAAUGCCCCGGAAUGUUUGUGAGAAUCUUACUCCAACUUUGUGUCCAUAUAAUUGGUGUACAUAUUUAUUUAAUGACCUUUGUAAGAAUGCGUGGAACUUUUAUGAAAGUAGGACAGAGUCUGUUAGUAAGAAAGCAGCUAGAAAUGGAAAAGCAGCUAAAGGAGAAGAUGAUACAUUCUGUGAUGCCUCCAAAGGUGGCUAGUUGGCUAUUGGAAGAACAAGUUCUUGAGACAGACACUCUAAAGACACACAAUCCGCUCAAACCUAGAAAUUCAAACCCUGGUGCGUCAGACAUCAAGUCACUGUUCAGGCCCUUUAACAUGAGCUCAAUGGACAAUGUUAGCAUACUAUUUGCCGAUAUUGUGGGCUUCACCAAGAUGUCGAGUAACAAAGGUGCUGAAGAAUUAGUAAAUAUAUUGAAUGAUUUAUUUGAGAAGUUUGAUGAGUUAUGUCAAAACCACGGGUGUGAGAAAAUUUCUACAUUAGGAGAUUGUUAUUACUGUGUAUCUGGCUGCCCCGAGCCGCGGCCGGACCACGCUACGUGUUGUGUAGAAAUGGGACUGGGUAUGAUAGAUGCUAUAAAAGAGUUUGAUAGAGUGCGCGGCGAAGGAAUAAAUAUGAGAGUAGGGGUCCAUACUGGCACCGUACUGUGCGGCAUCGUAGGCACGAGACGGUUCAAGUUCGAUGUCUGGAGCAACGACGUUACAUUUGCGAAUAAAAUGGAGUCAACGGGGAAGCCAGGCCGUGUCCACAUAUCAGAAGAGACCGCUAAGUUUCUCGGAGGUUCCUAUAUACUAGAAGAAGGCGAUGAUGUUUUCGGUCAUAAAACCUAUUUCAUUGAAGGUCGCCAGCUGUAUUUCCCCUACGAACACGACAACUGCCUGACUCCCUCUAAUCCUGUAAAUUUACGCCUAAUUAUAUCCCCUGCAGCGUCUCCCCAAUCCGUCCUAUCUUGCAAUCAUUUCCCGCUGCCGCUGUCGCCGAACGAACCAGGGGACGACCGAUUUGGUACCAGGAAAACAGACUCAAAAAACUUCCUAUCCCCAAGUAAUUUUAAUUUUCGCACCAAAGCUAGUUCACUGCCCAGUAUAUUGGAUUCCGACACAGAAUUGGAUGAAAAAAGGGAUAAGGGAUAUCAGGAAACAAAUGACAGCUCGUCCAAAAGUCCCACUUCUGUAGGAAGCUACGGCAAAUAUACAACAAAAUUGAAAAACUGGAAAGUGCCUAGAUUUUUACGGAAACAUUCUGAUACGCCGCUACACGAAAUGAAAAAGCAAGAGUUGACAGAUAAGAGUAUAAACUUCUUGGAGAGGGGGGAUGUCAGUCCUGGCAUACCGUCGAGUAAUGGUUACCAGCAAGUGCCUAUUGUGAUAGAAUCUCAGGAUAACAAGAGUAGGCCGGUGCAGAGUAGCAGUAGGCUGAACAUUCCCCCCAUAAGUCACGACGUGGCGUCCUUCGAGAGGGAGAUCAUCGACAUCAGGUCGUACUUGAGCCAGUCAAGAAGCAACAUGUCGCCCUUCGCAAGAAGUAGCAGCUAUCGCUCCCAAUACGGAAGAGCUAACAACAUAGAGGUGCCAGUUUGUCGUGCCCGAAGUUCUACAAUCACAACUCAGGACGAACUGAUUCGGCCUAAAGAACGACGGCUGAACUUGCCGUUACCUUCGCCGCAGCCGUCGAGACCGGCUGAUGACGUCAUUAGCCUGUGUCCCUCAGUGAACAGUAGAAAAGACUCCGGCAUUAGAAGUACCAGUCGACGGUCAAGCAUACAACAGCAGAUAUAUGCAUUGAAUCAUAUAGCGACGUCGCACACGGACAUGAUGCAGCAUCGCGUGUCCGGGUACUACACCUCUAGUCAGUCGUCGCUCAACGAAGCGCAGUCGCGGAGCCGCCUCCCGCCGCCGCUCAACGAGGAACAAGUCCAGUCUCUACAAAAACUAAGGAAACAAUCCGACCUACAACUCAUCCGCUGUGUACAAGAUAACGCCCGUUCUGGUAUCAAUUACUUCGUACAACCACCCCUCAAUAGGUUCACUCUAUUUUUCAAAUCACACGAAAUAGAAAAACACUACAGGGACCGUGCACAUCGAAGUGACGACAGCGAAGAUUUCCCCCCGACACUCACCACAUCGAGAUUUAACACCGCGUUAGAUAUCUUAGUAUCAGCUAUAAUUUUCUUAGCGGUGACAGCUUCCAUAUUUACACUGUACGACGAUUGGAUGCACUCCUUGGGAUGGUUCAUCUUCUUCCUGUUAAUAGAAAUCGUAGCGAUGGUACUCUGUUCCUAUAGACAUUAUUUAAAAUGGAAGACAAGCCACGAAACACUGACCGAAUCGAUCUCGAGAUCGGUGAGGAUAUUCAGGAAGUUGUCGAACUGGUUCCCGUGGCACUUGUCUGGUGGUUUGCUCAUUAGUCUGCCAAUACUGGCAGUGCUCAUUAAUUUCUCAUGCCAAAAUACAACGAUGACAAUCCUUCGAGGUGAACAAUCGUUUUACGUUUACCUCUUGUGUAUAAGUAUAGUGCACUUCUGUAACUUUACGCAGAUGAACUGGCUUGUCAAAAAUACUCUAGUGACGCUUUACGCUGGUUUGUUCCUAUUUUUUGCCGUGCUAGGUUGUCACGAAGCGAAUACUCAAUUGUUAGAUGCUGAUAUUACUUUAAAGCUAAGCCCACAAAUGUUUGCUCAGAAUACUACGGAUUACGACUUUGCAAAUAGUUCUUCUAUGGACUGGCUGGAGAUAAACGGUACCAUAGGAUUCGAUACACACCAGCAUAAGUUACAUUUAACCGAGCUCUACCUAGAUGUAGCGUUAUUGCUUAUGUUGGUGUGGUUUUUGAACCGAGAGUUCGAGAUCAGUUACCGAUUGAGCUUUUAUAGUAACGUGGUAGCAAACCGAGACAAACAGAGAGUACAGAACAUGAGAAACCAAGCUGAUUGGCUGCUCCAUAACAUUAUACCUCGGCAUGUCGCAGACCAGCUCAAAAAUACGGCAAAAUAUUCGGAAAAUCACAAGGAUGUUGCGAUUAUAUUUGCCAGCAUUGUUAACUUUAAUGAAAUGUACGACGAAUCGUAUUUGAAAGGGAAAGAGUACCUGCGGGUAUUGAAUGAACUGAUAGCUGACUUCGAUGAGCUUCUUGAGAAGCCUCAGUUUCAGCACGUGGAGAAAAUAAAGACUAUAGGCAGCACUUUCAUGGCAGCUAGCGGACUUAACCCAGACCUGAGACACGCGUCACGCGGUACUUACGACCACCUCUACCAGUUAAUGGAGUUUGCACUAGAAAUGCAGAAAGUGGUGGACAACUUCAACCAAGAUUUGCUCGAAUUCGACUUUAUACUUAGAAUCGGGUAUAACUUUGGUGACGUGACUGCGGGCGUGAUCGGUACUACGAAGCUGUACUACGACAUCUGGGGCGAUGCGGUGAACAUAGCUUCCAGGAUGGAUUCGACCGGCGUGCCAAAGAGGAUCCAGGUGGGCGAGGCCUGCAUCCCGGUCCUGUCCGCGCGCUACGAGUUCGAGCAGCGAGGCAGCGUCUACGUCAAAGGCAAGGACAACAUGAACGUUUAUCUUGUUGUAGGUAGGAAAGAUACGUAGAUAACUAAUUCGUAAUAAAAAUAUAGAAUCUGUGAUUUAAUUAUUUAUAUUGGAGAUGUGAAUAUAUGAAAUUCUUAUUUAUUGUGUGCAGUACAUAAGUGCUUGAAGAAAUACUCGGGGUGUUGCAUACGCUAUUAAUUUAUUGUUUUUCUAGCUUAUGUGGAUGGAAUGAGUGUGUUCGUAUGUAUGGAUAUUUAAUUUUAGAUGAGAAAUUCGAACUAUUAAAAUCUCCUUGCCUAUACCGAAAUAUCUGUGACCAGUGUUCUAGUCUUCAACAUAGAAUGGAAAUGAUCCAGUUUUAUUAUUCUUAGUUUAUACAUUUGGAUUGCAAUGACGUACGUGAUUGAAUAGUGAGCAGUUAUUUUGAUUGACGGCAGCUGUUUUAUUCGAAAAAAUUGGAUCAUCGCCAUUUAUUUGACUUGUAUAUUCAAAUUUACCUUCUUUAUAUUACGGAGAAUAAAUUUAUAUUUGUAUAUAAAAAGUGAAUAUAAACCCACUUGGGCUAGUAAAUAGAGUUUUAUAUUUAUAUAAAUGUAAUUAAAUAGAUGUGUUUAGUGUUAAGUAAACGGUACUAAUACUUUGUAGUGAGUAGAUAUGUUUAUAUUGUUUACGUAGUGACGCAUCGCUUACCAUUAUACAACUCUUUUGUCAAUUUCCUAGAUCGGGUUCCGUAGGUGUUUAGGGUCCGUUGCAAUACGCAAUUAUCGUGAACUAUUGAACAAUUAGAGACUAUUAUUCGACUAUUUGUAGAUCACACAGUACGUGUGUAGAAAAUUAUCUAAGCACGAAGUGCAUGGAUGUCUAGGCGCAUGUUAUCUAGAUGAUCUGUAAUAUUUAAUGACUGUCGCAUGACUACUUACCAGAUUAUGUUUAAAUGACAAUAGAUUAGUGCGGAAUAUGUUUAUUUUAGAUUGUGGCAAGGAUAAGGCAGCUAGGCGUGUAGGCCGAGGCGCCGAGUAGACGUAGUCAGGAUGGGAUUUCAGAGAGGGUAUCAACUGUGAUUGUGAAUUUUUGAUGAUGGAUGUUUAAUGUAGAGCAUUUUUGCUACAUAUAUGAGAUUAAAAGUAGUUAUUUUCGAUUGAUGUGGCAAGAGGAAAGGCGAAUCCUGACAUGUCGCCGUUAGUAUAGGCCUCGUAUAAGCUUUGCACCGCUAGAACAACUAACUUUAUAUUGUCUCACCACCUACUUAUAGCCUAUUAUAUAUUGAUAGUAAAUUAUAUGAAAUGACUACUUACGGGACCUACAUAACGUUUGCUCAUUUACAUGAUGACUAUCGGCUGGAAACAGCUGUGAGGUGACUUCAUGUAACUUUCGCAAUAUUAUUGGUAAUGUUUGCGGCGCAUCUAGAAUAUUUAUUAGUGAACUAUUUUCCUAAUAACUCUGUAUUGUCCACGCAACAUAUUCUAAACCAUAUAUGUAUAUAUACGACUUUAUACGAUUCAAUAUUCGCCAUUUAAUGUUGACGUAGUAGGUAGUUCAUACUUAUGAUGGAAGCCUUAAAAAACUAUACAUUCCACUAUGUAUUUUAAUCUAUAUGCCUUCGAAAUGUCUAUUUUCUACUUACGAAUGACGUUUAAAGGUUUUGCAACGAAGUGAUUAGCAUUUAUACAGAAUGUUGGACCAACUGGAGUACUAAUUAGCCUAAAUAGCUCUCUUCGAAAUUUACCUCUUCUAAAUACAAUUUCAAUUAUGACUAUAAAUUGUAAACUGAUGUAUUUGUGAUAUUUGUUAGAGAAGUGUUAUGUAACGUAUACUUAUGCAGAUAUUAUAUGUAUGUAUAAAACAUCGGUUGUUCUCUCUAACGAUGUUGAUUAACGUCGUACAAAUAUAUUGUUUAUUUUAAACCGUUGCCGUGUGGAUGCUAUUUGUGAAAUACAUUGAGUAUACUGUAAUCACAAUACAACUGAUUUUGUCGUGACUGAACGUAGUAACUGUUAUGCUAUUCCAUAUGUCAUUAUAUCAAUUCUAUUGUUUGUUAACAAUGUAUGUAUCUACGUAAACCAACUGUUGGGAUAACAAAACAGUUAUUUUUCAAUUGUAGUGAUUGCGAAAAUUUUCAUUUUCGCGGCCCUUGUGAUGGUGCGGUUCAAACGUCAAAUAUACAUUGUCAAUAAGCGUUUUGUGGCUUGUGGUACUUGGAAUCAAUGGCCGCGUGAAAUGGGAAUGUUUGUGGUCACAUUAAAUGGCCUCGUUGACGAUAUAGCACAACAGUCACACUAUAAAAGCUUUAAUUAUAACCCAAUAAAAUCCAUUUUCGUUUGACUAAUGACAGAGCAACAGCAUGUCUCUUAGCACUAUGUAUACAAAUGUUGACAUGUAAUAGGUAUUUAAUUAUACUUAAAAGACGUAUUUAUAAAUUAAAAAUGACAUUUAUAUAGCACAAAUUGUAUGUUAAUUUGGAGGCAGUUAGUUAUUGCGUAGGGACUUCUAUAUGUUGCCGUCAUCAUAAUGUGAGAGAAAAUUAUUUUUUUGCACAAAUGGAAUCCGUGUCGUGACGAUGCAAUGCUCAAGUCGUGAGUUAGACGUAGCUAUUAAAAUAUUAUGUUUUAAACUGUUUUGUUCCAUGAUAAACUUGCUUCUCGUCAACAAACUAGUGUAAUAACGUUAAGUGAUCGUCAACGAGGCAUUCAAAUAAUUAAAAAAAUAACUGUACGGUCAGCCAAGAAAGUGGUUUACCAGUUUAGACAUAAUAUCGUGUGUAUGAAAAUAGCGAUAAGGUUGACAUUUGUCGCUGACAGAAUAUUUUUGCAUCGGAUAAUCGACCUUGUUGCACUAUGAUGCGCAAUUGAUUUACUACUUUUUUGGCCCAUUGUACUCUUUAUCGUCACGACUCAGUCAUUUUCCCUGAAUUGUUGUUCUGGUAACUAACGCCCCCAGGCGAGACUAAUGUUUUAUACUUAGUAAACUUAUAUAUUUUUUAACGAAAUAUAAAUAAAACAAUGUAUUUAUUAAUCGUAAGAUCAAAGUGUUCAUGAGUUCCGACUUCAACAAGAUUCACUAUACCUGUAAUGGCUUUAGUUUUUGAAUAUAAUAAAACACGUGAAACACA